CCCCCUCACAUACCUGCCGCAGGUACAACAACAGACCGCGUCUCGCAAGCACGCUCAAAGGCACUUCUAAUCCUCACCAUGUCAUUCAUGAGCCCUUCCAGGAGUUUCUCCAGCUCAAGUCUGUCUGGUAGCAUGGGGUCAAGGGGCGGUUUGUUUGGGGCCAUUUCCCCAGCUACUAUAGGGAAUCUGGCAAACACAAUGCGUCCGAUGGUGCAGAUCAACAGCAGCACUUUUGCCCCAGCUGAUGAAAAAGAGACCAUGAAGGGUCUGAAUGACCGUCUGGCGGGGUAUCUGUCAAAAGUGCGACUCCUGGAGGACUCCAACAAUCAACUGGAGGAGCAAAUCAAAGAGGUUCUGAUGAGGAAAGGAGCUGAGAUCGGCAGAGACUGGAGCGCCUAUGAGAAGAUUGUUAAUGAUCUGAGAAACCAGCUCCAGGAACUGACUAUGGACAAUGCCAGACUCUUCUUACAGAUAGACAAUGCGAGGCUGGCUGCUGACGAUUUCAAAGUCAAGUUUGAGUCGGAGCAGGCCAUGCGGCAAGGGGUGGAGCAGGAUCUGGCACGACUCCGCAAGAUGCUGGACGACACUUACAUGGGCCGCAUGCAGCUGGAGGGCCAGAUCGAGUCUAUGAGAGAAGAGCUGGCAUUCCUCAAGAAGAGCCAUGAGGAGGAUGUUGCCAACCUGAAGAGCCAGAUCAGUGAUUCUCAAAUCAAUGUGCAAAUGGAGACUAAAAACAAUGCAGACCUCAAUGAGGCCAUUAAUAACAUCCGCACGCAGUACGAGCGAGCCGCGCAGAAGAGCCGCGAGGAAACUGAAGCCUGGUAUAAAAACAAAUUUGACAACAUCACAGCUGAGGUGACUCAGAACACAGAAGCUCUGCAGGCAGGAAAGACAGAGCUGAACGAGCUGCGCAGGCAGAAACAAUCUCUAGAAAUUGACCUGCAGGCUCUGCACAACAUGAUUCGAUCACUCGAAGAUUCGCUGCGUGAAACAGAGGCACGUUACGCUCACGAAGUCAGUGGGUACAACUCUCAAAUCCUGCAGCUGGAGGGAGAGCUGGGACAGGUGCGUGCGCAGGUGGAGCGUCAGGCGGCCGAGUACGAUGCCCUGCUCAACAUCAAGUCCAAACUGGAGGCAGAGAUUGCCACCUAUCAUCGCCUCCUGGAGGGUGUUGUUGACAAUGAGGGGGGCAAAAAUAGAGAAGAAUUUUCUUUAGAGCAGGCAUUGUAUGCAGCUCCUCCGCCUUCCGUCGGACUUAAGAAACCCAUCAACAUCACGCAAGAAAUAGUGGACAGAGAAGUGGUCUCUCAGAGCGAACUUGAGCAAAAUCCUACUAUUCACAACAACCACAUUUUUGGGGAGGAAGAGGAGUUGACAGAACAAAUGGAGUUAGCGAUGGAAAAGGCGAAAGAAGAGCAAGAGGAGUUGGCAGAACAAAUGGGGUUAGCGAUUGAGUUAGCAGUGGAAAAGGAGAAAGAUGAGCUACAGGAGUGGGGAGAACAACUGGAGUUAACGAUGGAAAAGGCGAAAGAAGAGCAAGAAGAGUUGGCAGAACAAAUGGGGUUAUCGAUGGAGUUAGCAAUGGAAAAGGAGAAAGAUGAGCUACAGGAGUGGGGAGAACAACUGGAGUUAACGAUGGAAAAGGCGAAAGAAGAGCAAGAGGAGUUGGCAGAACAAAUGGGGUUAGCGAUUGAGUUAGCAGUGGAAAAGGAGAAAGAUGAGCUACAGGAUUGGGGAGAACAACUGGAGUUAGAGAUGGAAAAGGAGAAAGAUGAGCUACAGGAUUGGGGAGAACAACUGGAGUUAGAGAUGGAAAAGGCGAAAGAAGAGCAAGAGGAGUUGGCAGAACAACUGGGGUUAGAGAUGGAGUUAGCAAUGGAAAAGGAGAAAGAUGAGCUACAGGAUUGGGGAGAACAACUGGAGUUAGAGAUGGAAAAGGCGAAAGAUAAGCUACAGGAUUGGGGAGAACAACUGGAGUUAGAGAUGGAAAAGGCGAAAGAAGAGCAAGAGGAGUUGGCAGAACUAAUGGGGUUAGAGAUGGAAAAGUUGAUAGAGGAGCUGGAAGAACUGGAGUUAGCGAAGACAGGGGCGCCCCCAAGGAGUAAACUCUGGCCACCCCAGUGGCCACCCCUAAAAUAAUUUUGCCAUGGGUACUAUUAAUUUAAAUGCAUAAUGUAAAUUCACAAUAGUUCACGAAAUUAAAGAAAAUAAAAUGCAGAUCUCGCUGCAGUCACGGAAAAAGAUUGUAGAUUGGCACCACCAGAGUAGCUGUUUCACUGCCCUACUCGUGAAAAACAUUCUUUAUUGUUAUGAAAAUACCCCAAAGCUCAUAUCAGUUAUAUACUAUGUUAAUCUUGUGUUCAUUAGCUCCAUGUUCUUGUGUAGAAACGUUUCUCUGGGUUUGCUGUGGACAGAACAGGAGUAGCUAAUGCUCAUCAGAUUGUGGAAAUCAGUGGAAAAUGAAUAGAAAUUAUGAUUCUGUCUGAAGAAGUAUGUGCCCUUUUGGACUAUAAGCCCUUAUUGAUGGUGUUCAGUGAAGCUGUGAAGACAAAUAAACCACAGCAGACUCUACUGAAUAUGAAUGCUUGUUAUUAUUCUAUUCAAAAUACCAUACAUUACUGAAUUAUUAUUUUGCACUCCUGACAUAAAUUAAUAAAUGACUUUCACUGCAACCGAGUUUUAUCAUACAGUGGUCAAAUAUCGAAGCUGGAGUCUUUAAUCUUUCUGAUGAUACACAGUUUGUCCAGAUCAAGCAAGUGUGUGAUGUUUUAACAUGCAGUGAAUGUGAAACAGCAAUAAUCUGAGGCCUCCGGCGGAGGUUAAACUAAAUAUCCUCCUUUUGUUUGAUUUAAUUAUUUUAAGGAAAAGAACUACACUAUUUAAAGAGUUAUUAAUGGCUAAUUUACAUUAUAUUGUUACAUUAACCAGCAACAAAAGUAAAUAA